AUGUCAUUAUUAUUAAUAUUACGUCAGGUGUUUCGAUUUUGUCGUUCCAAAUGCCAUAAACUCUUCAAAAAGAAGCGUAAUCCACGUAAAACGAAAUGGACAAAGGCGUCGAGAAUGGUUCGAGGUAAGGAACUGCGCGGUGAUAGCACGGCUAUAGCUGAGAUGCGACAGAACGAGCCGUUGAAGUAUGAACGCGAACACUGGAAAGAGGCUGGUCAGUGUUAUUAG